ACAUCAGGAUUAUGACAAGUUAGAGACAAAAAUCUGAUGAAGUGUCCUGCCGUGUAAGUUGUGUGGACAGUAAGGCAUAUGGUGUUCCUGGAAAACUAUUGAAGAUUCUCUCCUAAAGGCUAAGGGAGCUCUUCCAUUCCUGCAAAAGUCAUCUGUAGGUAGACUAAUUUCAGUAGGUAGCCACAUGGCAUCAAAGCAUGGCUCUUCCAUUCCUUGUUAGUAGUUACUGUUGAACAAGGCCUAGAAGGAAAAUAUUCCUACUUGCUUUACAGCCAUUCAAAUAUUCUCAAGGAAUUUGUUCUCUGCUUUAUCAAAAGGCUCCUCUCUCACUAUAAGAAGUCCAAAGCCUAAAAACUGUCUCCAGGAAAAGAAAAAAAAAGGAUUCUGAAGAUUUUCAGCUCUAGUUGGUAAUGGCAAGUUGGAAACAGCUUGAAGUUCAUACAGAAGAUCAAACUCCACACAAAUGGAGUGUUUCAUUAAGUGAAGAAGCGUUCAAAAGAUUUUUUGCCCAUGGAAGUCCCACAGUGCAUAAGAUAUUUGGUGAUGGAUCACUUUUCAGUCCAUUGUUGUUUGGGAAAUUUUUCGAUCCUUCGGAUGCAUUUCCACUCUGGGAUUUUGAAUCAGAUGUCUUGUUAUCUAAUCUUCGGAGCUCUGGCAAGACUAGUAUUGAUUGGUUCCAGACAGAUGAUGCUUAUGUACUAAAAGCAGAUUUACCAGGAGUUGGGAAUAAUACCGUACAAGUUUAUGUCGAAAAUGGGAAGAUUAUGGAAAUUAGUGGGCAAUGGAAGCCGCAAAGAGAUCAGUCGAAAGCAAAAGACUGGAGAAGUGGCCACUGGUGGGAACCUGGUUUUGUUAGAAGGCUUGAGCUACCAGAAGAUGUCGAUUGGAGGGAAACUGAGGCAUAUGUGAGCAAUGACAUGUUUCUGGAAGUAAGAAUUCCCAAGAGCACUUCGGAUUCUGGUACUCCAGGAAAUGGCACCAUGACCAAAAAUUCUGAUUAACUGUUAGUUUUUGAUGUGUAAAAAUUAAACUGCUCUCGAGGACAUGUUUCUCCUAAUUCCUAACAAAUAUAAUGAGUUCUCUUGCAUC